AUGCAGCCUGAUCAGAGGAAAAAGGCAUCAGAUGUAGAAUUCUUCACAGAAUAUGGUGAAGGUAGCCGGUACAGAAUUGAGGAGGUAAUUGGCAAAGGCAGCUACGGUGUUGUGUGCUCGGCAUACGACACCCAUCUUGGUGAAAAAGUCGCGAUCAAGAAAAUAAACGAUAUUUUCGAGCACGUGUCUGAUGCCACGCGGAUUUUGCGCGAGAUUAAGCUUCUCAGGCUCCUCCGCCACCCGGACAUUGUCGAGAUCAAGCAUAUCUUGCUGCCACCUUCUAGAAGAGAGUUCAAGGACAUAUACGUCGUUUUUGAACUAAUGGAAUCUGAUCUUCAUCAGGUUAUCAAGGCAAAUGAUGACUUGACGCCAGAGCACUAUCAGUUCUUUCUUUAUCAGCUUCUGAGAGGCAUGAAAUACAUACACACAGCUAACGUGUUUCAUCGAGAUCUGAAACCGAAAAAUAUCCUUGCAAAUGCCGACUGCAAGCUUAAAGUUUGUGAUUUCGGCCUCGCAAGAGUGGCCUUCAAUGAUACUCCUACUGCAAUAUUUUGGACAGAUUAUGUUGCAACAAGGUGGUACAGAGCUCCCGAGUUGUGUGGUUCAUUUUUCUCUAAGUAUACACCUGCCAUUGACAUAUGGAGUAUUGGCUGCAUAUUUGCCGAACUUUUGACGGGAAAACCUCUAUUUCCUGGGAAAAAUGUGGUUCAUCAGUUAGACCUGAUGACUGAUCUGUUGGGCACUCCACCUCCUGAAACCAUCGCAAGGAUAAGAAACGAAAAGGCAAGAAGAUACUUAAGCAGCAUGAGGAGGAAGAAAGCAAUUCCUUUGUCCCUCAAAUUCCCAAAUGCUGACCCUUUGGCCCUUCGCUUGCUAGAAAGAAUGCUCGCUUUUGACCCAAAGGACAGACCUUCUGCUGAAGAGGCUCUUGCAGAUCCAUACUUCCGGAACUUGGCUAGGGUUGAGAGAGAACCUUCCGCACAACCGGUGACUAAGAUGGAAUUUGAGUUUGAAAGGAGAAGGAUCACAAAAGAGGAUGUUAGAGAGUUGAUAUAUCGGGAGAUUCUUGAAUAUCAUCCGAAGAUGUUGAAAGAGCAUUUAGAAGGAGCUGAACCCACGAGUUUUAUGUAUCCUAGUGCUGUCGACAAGUUCAAGAAGCAAUUUGCGUUUCUUGAAGAGCAUUUCCGAAACGGAGGAGCUGCUCCACUCGAGAGACAACAUUCUUCGUCUUUGCCCAGGCCAUCCGUAGUGUACUCGGAUAAGUCAAACCCGAGCACGGCUGAAGUUGCGAAUGAUCUUUCUAAGUUCUCGAUUAACAAGCAAGUCGAGAGGCCACAAAUUGACCGGGCCUCAUUACUUCCUGUAAUGUCAAGGUUACCUGCCCAAGUUCCUCCAAGUAUCCAAGCUAGAGGUUCCGCAAGGCCCGGAAAAAUCAUCGGCCCAAUGUUACGGUACAACAAUUGUGGGCCACCACCGGACAAGACAACAGCCGAAGAGCAAAAAACGCUGAGAAACCCUAAUAUCCCAUCUCAAUACAUUGUUCCCAGCUCGUCCUACCCAAGAAAGCACCCGGAAUGCAAGAUAGAUAGUAAUGAAGGCAUGCAUGAAGGCCCGAAUGGGCUUCAGCCCAAGCCCGAUCUUUACAUGGCGAGAAAAGUUGCCGCAGCCCAGAGUGGGUCCGGCAACCACUGGUACUGA